AUGCAACAGGCGCAAAGGGAGAGCUUCGGGGAAGAGCUGCAACGAUUGAAGUCUUCCCAGCCGGUACAAAGGACGAGUCGGCUAUUCAAGCUGGACCCGGUGUUAGAAGAUGGCGUGCUGCGAGUCCGGGGACGCAUCGGAGCAGCCACAGUCCCGGAUGACGCCAAACGACCGGUCAUCUUGGACGGCCGACACCCCGUCACGAAGCUCAUCGUGCUGCAAGAACACUGUGCCGCAGGUCACGCAAAUAGGGAGCGCGUGACCAACGACCUGCGGCAAAAAUAUUGGAUAAUACACCUGAGGCCCACCGUGCGCACCGUGGAACGAGACUGCGCACUGUGUAAGGUGCGACGCACGAAGCCGCAGCCACCGGCCACGGGAGAUCUACCCCGUGCCCGCUUGGACCCGUAUCAUCGGCCCUUCUCCAACUGCGGAGUGGACUACUUCGGGCCGAUGAUAGUGAAGAUCGGACGCCGGCGAGAGAAGCGUUGGGGCGCGCUGUUCACCUGUCUAACGACACGCGCCAUACAUCUGGAGCUCGCCGCAUCCCUGUCAACGGAUUCGGCCAUCAUGGCGUUGCGCAGGAUGGCAGCAAGAAGAGGAUGGCCGAAAAUAAUGUAUUCCGACAACGCCACAAACUUCAGGGGAGCGGAUGAAGAGCUACGAGCGGCCUACAAGGAGUGGCAACCCGAGCCACGCAACGUCGGGCUGCUGCAUCGGAUGGAGUGGCGCUUCAUCCCUCCGGGCGCACCCAACCAGGGAGGUGCGUGGGAACGGUUGGUGCGAUCAGUCAAAACCGCACUAACCGUCACCCUAAAGGAAAGGGCGCCGUCCGAAGAAACCCUACGGACGUUGUUGGCUGAAGCCGAACAUUCAGUCAACUCAAGACCACUGACCCACGUGAGCGUCGACCCGAGGGACCCGGAGGCGCUCACGCCCAAUCACUUUUACGUCGAUCGACGGGCAUGGCGAGCGGCGCAGGCGUUGGCGGACAACUUCUGGCGCCGGUGGAUAGCGGAGUACCUACCGACCCUGGUACCCCGCGGCGAGUCAACAAGAAGAGUUCGUCCGCUGCGCGUCAACGACGUGGUCGCCAUCGCCGACCAACAGCUGCCGAGGAACGUGUGGCCGCUGGGGAUCGUCCAGCGCACGUUCGAGGGACCCGACGGAGCCAUACGAGUCGCUGAAGUCAAGACAAAGAGCGGCGUAUUUCGACGCCCGGUGACGAAGAUCGUCGUGCUGCACCCGGAGGAGGAGGCUGCGCGAGCUACGCCGGGGAGGAUGUUAGCGACACGACGACUUCGCGGCCGCCGUGACACUGAGGCCCGUCGACGACGCUGCCUAAGGAGCGACGUUACGGGACGGCGGACGCAGCGGGACUGA